AAAAGACACAGUCUAGAUGAAAAAGACAGAUAAAGCGGGGUAGAUCUGUGGCUAGAGACAAGUAAGAGACAGAAACCUGGUCCCAACACACACAGCAUGUGAUUGUGGAUCAGCAUCUAAACUAUAGGAAAACACAUGAGAGGAACGAAGACUGGAUAUUCUCCUUCCUGACAGGACAGACAAACACCAACAGCAAAAGAAGAACCAAUGAGACCGGCCUCCCUCACACAUGCCCAUCCUCUGUCGCCAGCCUGUCUUCCUCCAUCCUUGGUGUCGUGCUGUGGAUCUGCUAGCAGACGGCCAUCACUGGCAUCAUGCCGGCUGCACUGAAGUCAUCUCUGGAUGGGAGCAUGACAGAUUCAGGGGAGCUGGAGCAGGCAGCGACUCCCUGCUUUGGAAAAGUGCCCCGUGACCUGCUCCAAAACUUUCCUCACACUAAGCGUGUGGGCAGCUACCUGGUGGGCAAAAUGAUCAACAAGGGCUCAUUCGCCAAGGUUAUGCUGGGCAUGCACAUCAGUACAGGAGAGAAGGUCGCGAUCAAGGUGAUAGAUAAGAAAAAGGCUCGUCAGGAUUCAUAUGUUUUAAAAAACAUGAAGCGUGAACCCCGGAUUCAUCAGCUGAUCCGCCACCCGAACAUCGUCUUAUUGUUGGAGACCUUGGAGACGGAGAACUGCUACUACAUGGCCAUGGAGCUGUGCGGAGGAGGAGACCUCAUGGAUCGAAUCUGUGAACGCAAACGACUGGAGGAGAGAGAGGUGCGCAGGUACACCCGCCAGAUACUGUCUGCCGUGGAACACCUGCACCGGCACGGGAUAGUUCACAGGGACUUGAAGAUUGAGAACUUCCUGCUGGACGAGCACAACAACAUUAAGAUAGUAGACUUUGGUCUGAGUAACACUCUGAAGGCAGAUUCUCUGUCUCUGGAGCUGCUGAACACUCAGUGUGGAAGUCCUGCUUAUGCUGCUCCUGAACUGCUGGCACACAGGAAGUACGGGCCUAAAGUGGACGUCUGGUCUGUGGGUGUGAGCAUGUUUGCCAUGUUGACUGGCACGCUGCCAUUUACAGUGGAGCCCUUCAAUAUUAAGCAGCUUCACCUGAAAAUGGUGAAUGGAGAAAUCAGUCCGAUACCAUCAGACAUCAGCAAAGCGGCUGUACAGUUUGUCUUGUCUCUGCUGGAGCCAGAACCAGCAAAAAGGCCAACGAUAAAAGCAGCAAUGGAGGAUAAAUGGCUGAAUGAGGGUUAUGCCAAAAGACCCCUCCAUACUGUCAAUCAUAAAAACAGGCUGCGUCCUGAGGAUCUGAAUACAGCUGUGUUAAACUACAUGACUGAAUCUCUAGGUUAUAGUCUGUCUGAUAUCAUCCACACUGUUAUCAGUAACAAGCCGUCAACCAUUUUGGCUUGCUACCAUCUACUGCUGAAAAAACUCACCAGGCAUCAGAAAGUAGUGAGGACCAUGAAGAGAGAAGAGAACAGCGAGUGGAAUCUUCUAAACAAGGGCUUGUCGAGAGGGAGAAGCAACGCGAGUGCAAAGAGUCAGCAGCAGUCUCCUCAGAGUGACACAGCCAAUGAGAGGAGCUCAAGGCAGGCUAGUAAGACCCAGAGGAGCCAAUCACAGGACAGAGAUGCCAAGAGUGGCACGAAAAGGACAGCGGAGACCAUCAGAUCAAAGCAGCCAAGCCUAGUGGACAGAGCAGAGUCCCCCUCCUCCCUGCCCCUGGAUACAGCUAAUGAGAUUGCCAUACUGGUCGAGACACAAGAUGGGCUGAUUCCUAAGGUCUUAACUUUGGGUGAGAAGGAGAUGCUUUGUGUCUCACCGCCUAAGUGUUCCUGCAGAGAGGGAAGUGGAACCAAACUGUGUGACUCCGCCCCUUGUGAUGCCACUGUAACUAUAGACACCUCUAGAGACUCCCAGACAAUGAAAACAUCAAUCAAACCACACGAUCUGAGACCGACUUACUCUGACAAAUAUCACGCCCUGGAAUAUGAACAUCAGCCUGAUGACAAGUUAGAAAAGUUGCAGACGUUCUAUUCUGACAAAGGGGCUUCUCCCAGAACUGGACAGCGCUUUAAGGAUCUAUUACUGGCCAUCGAAGAGAAAACCUACAACGGUCGCCACCUCAGCGCCAUGGAAAGCACGACACAAACCUCCCCUUUACCUCGACUACGUCACACUGGAACGCUGAAGGAAACCACGGCUAGAAAAGUCACUUGGGUUGGUCUUACGCGCCACGCAACGCCUGACACAGGCUCCUCGCCUUUCUUAGUAAAUGGCUCCAAACCGCCAUUGUUUCCAUCUCAGAGACAACAAGCUCUCGUCAUUAAAAACCUGAGACAUGCAAAGGAGAAGAGGAACACAGGAACGGGAGGGGGAGGAGGAGGGAUCGCUAUCCCCAGUAAUACAGCGAAAAGAAACUCUGUUCAGUUGCGAACAGCUAUACAGCGCAGAGUCACGGACCUCAACUUACCAAUGCUUCCGUCGGCUUUACAAAACAAAUCUGACAAAAAGACAGAAAUCCUCAGAAUGGAUUUUGGGUGAUAUUUGAGGACCUGAGGCCCUCCCAAUAAGAAUAUGCUGGGUUUAAUACAAGUCAGUUUCAGUGAACAGUGUUUAUGGCAUAAUGCUGGUUACCACAAAACAAAUCAUUUUGGGUUAAGUCUAGAAAUUACAAGCAAAACCAUAGGUUUUUAUGGACUUGGCAAUUUACAAUUAGAGUAAAAAACACAGUGUUUAUAUUACUACAUAUAUUUCAUGUAGUAAUCUGUAGAUUUCAAUGACAAUACAUAUCUUUUUUUGUUUUGUUUUACAUUUCAUUUCUAACGCACAUUUUUCAUACCCAAUAGGCUAUUUAUAAUAUAUUUGACCUUUCUAAAAGUUUUUGGUAACUCUUAAUAAAAAUGCAGUCAUUCAGUCAUGUUAGCUCACAGUGCAUUAACUAAUGUUCUUACACGGCUUCAUACUCGAUUCUGAUUGGUCACUCACCACAUUCCAAGGUUUGUUAUUCCCAGAUAACAGCCGGUAAAACUAAUAACACAGGCUCAUCCGAGUGCUACGAAUCUUGACCGUAACUGGCUCCAUCUUCCAGCUUAAAUUAGUAAAAUAUUACAAUAUAAUAAACUCAGAUCGAUGCUUUGUGCCUAAUUAUUUACUGUUGUGGCAAGAAGCUGUGUAACAAGCAGGUUGUUAUCGGCAACCCAGGUUUAACAAACACAAAUUGUGAUUUUAAUAAUGCAUUCGUAAAUGCUGAAAUUAACAUUAACUAAGAUUAAUAAAUGCUGUAGAAGUAUUGUUUAUUCUUAGUUCAUGUUAAUUAAUGUGGUUAACUAAUGAACCUUAUUGUAAAUUGUUAGAGUGCAGAGAAGUGUGUUUAUAUAUUAUCCCCUGGUUUAUAUAAAACAUUCCAAAAAACAUGGUAAAAUGUUCUGACAAAGACAAAUCUUUUCACAAUUAUUUGUGAUUUAUGCAGUGAUUUAAAAACAAAAAACAAAACAGAUAUCUAAAUGUAAAAAUAUUUAACUGUAAUAUAAUCAACAAAACUUAGAAAUUUCAAACAUGAAUAUUCAACAUUAAGAUUUCUAUUUGAGAAAUUAGCACAUUCUUAAAUAGAUAAUUCAAUUAUUUGCGUAUAUUAAACAACAUUUCAUAAAAAAAUUCUUAUAGUCCUCUAAUUUUACAAAGUUAAAAUCUUUACCCAAUUCACCUUUAGUGCUUUGUCCUAAAUGCACUUCCACUGCAAGUGCCUCACUCUAAUUUAUUUGUGGUAAUCAGCAUUAUGACAAUACGCAAUAUCUGCUUCAGCAAGAAAAACGAGAUACAAUAUGUCUACAACAUAUCUUCAUCCCAUUACCUCCCCUCUUGCCCUCCAUCCUCUUUUUCCUACCCUAAUCCCUUGGUCCCAGGACAAUUCGACUACUCUUGGGUUUCUUAAUUGUCUGGUUGGGAUUUGACUGAUGCCUAUUGUAGGUUUUAAGCUGCUAUCAUGUUUCUCGCUUUAUGAAUGAAUGCAUCUCAAUGGCGUCGCUCAAGUAUGCCAGUCAGUGCCAAAGGAUGAGGAUCCAUAAGCCAGCUUUGGAGGAAUAUGGCUAAUAUAAUCAAAGUAUUAUACUGGCUUUUUGCUUGAUGCUUACAGUACAAUAAAUUAGGAAACAAUUAUUCACGAAUGUGGCAAUGUAAUUUUGGUACGUCUUUGUUUUUGCUGAAUUUUUUUUAGUUUUUCACAACUUAUCUUACAAAUAAAUUGACAGGAUACGCAA